ACAGCAUUAAAUUGGAGUAUAAUUUUACCCCCCAUUUAUUGUUCUGUUCAUGUUCGCUCAUUUCACCCAGUCGAAGAAUUGCGGGGUUGAAAUCCUCUAUUGCAGCCCAUUUUACGUCUCUGUCUUGAUCGUUGUUUCUAUUGCUGCCAUUCUAGCGGGUAUUAGCCAGUUCUAGAGCUUUUAUCUUCUGAAAAUCUUCAUUAUUUGAGGAGAUUUUGGCUAUGUCAAUGUCGGGUGUGGAUAAUGGCGGAACUCCGGGGGCUGCUAACCAGGAGGAAGAGAAGAAGCCCAUGGAUCAGGGCGGUGCUCACAUUAAUCUCAAGGUCAAGGGACAGGAUGGGAAUGAGGUCUUUUUCAGGAUCAAACGAAGUACUCAACUCAGGAAGUUAAUGAACGCCUAUUGUGAUAGGCAGUCUGUUGAUUUCAACUCCAUAGCAUUUCUGUUUGAUGGACGCCGCCUACGUGGGGAACAAACUCCUGAUGAACUGGACAUGGAAGAUGGAGAUGAAAUUGAUGCUAUGCUUCAUCAAACAGGUGGAUCUUUUUAAUGUGGAAUGAAUGAAUUCACCAUUGCACCUGUGUUAGCAAAAAAGGAUUUAGAUGGAUUUGAAAGUCUUUCGAAAACCAUUUUGGACUAUGUUUGAGGAUGUAAUCCGAAUUGUUUCAGGACAUAUAUAGAUACCUCAGUAUGCAUUGGAAUGGUUAGAACAGACUUGCUGUGACUGGAUGUCAUUUUUCGAAGUUAUAUUCUAUUGUAUAUGUUUGGUACAUGUCAACCUUGUUUCAUUUUCUGACUUAAUUUUUGGUUACAAGCAAAUGUUGCACAGUUGUAGAAGAUGCUUCUGUUGUGUACAUUGAUUAUAAUUGGAACAUAUAAUCUUAUCUCUGACGUUUUAAUUUUUAAAUUGAGAUGACUAUUCCUUUUCA